AGUUGUUACGCAUUUGCAAUUAAACCUCCCAUUCUCUCUCUCUCUCUCUCUGCUCUCUCUCUCUCUGCAGAAAGUCAAAUCUAGGGUAGAUAGCAGCGACCCAGCUCCAAAUCCCAUUUGUUUAAUACAUCAAACUUGAGAAAGAACAGCAAGAUCGCAUCUUUUUCCCGGUUCUCUUGCGCAGUGCCAGUGCUAGACGGCAACGUGAUGAACUCCGAUUAUUAAAACCCCGAGUCUUUCCUCUGUCUCAAGCUCCACACGGGAAGCUUCAGCCGAGUCGUUAACCGGAGCAACGCCCCUUUGUUUCGGUUGACUUCUGGGUGCGUUCUUGAUGCUCUCGUUUAGCGUUUCGGCGAUGCGAUUUGGGAAUGGCGGCCCAAUUUCUCAUCUGGGUCGCGCAUUGAUCGGCCGAUGACUUCUCAAAGUGAUGAACUUAGUCGCCGGUUCGGGGAUUUAUGGCCAUUUAGCAAAAUCUUGUAGAAAGACAUCGCUGCCGCUGUUAUUUUUUAAGCCCCCAGACGGCAGGAAAGGAACCAAUCAGAAGCUAGCUGGCAGGCAGGACUCAGGUCAAUCAGGGACAUGAGUGGGUGAUAAUGCAACUCGCAAUUCUUUAAGAAAGUAUGAAGAGAAUAAGAUUUCCCAAACGAUACUUGAUCGUCAUUUUGACGUUUAUAUCUACGUGUGUCUGCUAUAUAGAACGUGUCGGAUUCUCAAUUGCCUAUACCGUUGCAGCUGAUGCAGCUGGAGUAAACCAAUCUAGUAAAGGCACGAUACUUUCUACCUUUUAUUAUGGUUAUGCCUGUUCACAGGUGCCCGGAGGAUGGGCUGCUCAGAAAAUAGGGGGAAGACGCAUUCUUCUCCUCUCCUUUGUGAUAUGGUCACUAACUUGUGCAUUCUUUCCACUGGACCCAAAUAGAAUUGUAGUACUAGUGGUUGCUCGCUUGCUUGUUGGUGUGGCACAAGGUUUCAUCUUCCCAUCUAUCCAUACCGUCCUAGCUGAGUGGGUUCCCCCUCAUGAAAGGUCUAGAUCUGUUUCUCUCACAACUUCGGGGAUGUAUCUUGGCGCGGCUGCAGGAAUGCUUUUUCUUCCAACCCUGGUGAAACUCAGGGGUCCGCACUCGGUGUUUGUUGCUGAAGCAGCAUUAGGUGCCAUGUGGUGUCUACUUUGGAUAAAAUAUGCCAGUGAUCCCCCAAGACCAGAACAUCCAAAAGCCACAGCUGCUAGUUCUGGGGAGUCUUUGUUGCCAAUGAAAAGAAGCCAAAAGGUAAAAGUGGAGAAUGGAGGAGGUUCUGUCAAAACUGCCGGUAUUCCAUGGAAGAGCAUUAUAUUUUGCUUACCGGUGUGGGCCAUUGUGGUAAACAACUUUACAUUCCACUAUGCCUUGUAUGUAUUGAUGAACUGGUUGCCAACAUACUUCGAACAAGGUCUCCAACUUAGCCUCCAUGAGAUGGGUUCUUCGAAGAUGAUGCCCUAUCUCAACAUGUUCAUAUUCUCGAAUAUUGGUGGGGUCGUGGCUGACCACCUGAUUACCCGCAAAAUUCUGUCUGUGACUGCAACCAGGAAAUUCCUGAACACAAUAGGGUUUAUAGUUGCUUCUUUUGCACUAGUGGCACUUCCCCUAUUCAGAACUGCUGGUGGAGCUGUCUUUUGUUCAUCCGUGGCUCUUGGGUUCUUGGCCCUUGGCAGAGCAGGGUUCGCGGUAAACCACAUGGACAUUGCUCCAAAAUAUGCAGGAAUUGUUAUGGGAGUUUCCAAUACUGCCGGUACAUUAGCAGGCAUAAUCGGGGUCGAUCUUACCGGCCAGCUUCUUGAAGCAGCUAAAGCUAAUUACUCUGAUCUUUCAACCCCUGAAAGUUGGAAAAAAGUGUUCUUGAUACCCGGCCUUCUUUGUACUUUCAGUUCAAUAGUGUUUAUGCUAUUCUCAACGGGGGAGAAGAUUUUUGACUGAGGUUAAUCUGGCUAUAUCUUUUAAAGAGCUAAUUAUUCGUGGAUUGUUGCUGUUCCUUGAGCUGAUUGAAGCUUUACCGCAUGUCAUCUUGCCAUACAUUCUAUUCAUGAAACCCACAAGAAACUGCAGUGGGAACAUAGUGACAGUUUUCUAAUGUCUUUUUUUUUUUUCCUUUUGUAUUUCCUUUUUAUGUUUGAAUUUGUAGAUCCGUGGAGCUGGAUCCAUAUGCUCAUUCCUUUCUAGUAGUUUUUCCCAAUAAUUCAAACGAUGUCACCUGGCAAUUUAGCCAGAGUUUUA